CAACACAGCAAGAAAGUGUCUCAUCCAGCCGAGAAGACAGCAACUCUCACACCCAGCAAAAAUGUCUGACAAAACUCCCUUCGAAACAGAUAUGCUGACGCUGACGCGAUUCGUUAUGGAGAAGGGUCGCCGCGUUAAAGGAGCGACAGGGGAGCUGACACAGCUGCUCAACUCCAUGCUGACUGCCAUAAAGGCCAUUUCCUCAGCAGUCAGAAAGGCAGGCCUUGCCCACAUGUUUGGUAUAGCUGGCACUGUGAACGUGACCGGUGAUGAAGUGAAGAAGCUGGACGUGUUAUCCAACUCCCUGGUGAUUAAUAUGCUCCAGUCCUCCUACAGCACCUGCGUCCUGGUCACGGAGGAGAACAAGGAGGCCAUUAUCACCCCGAAAGACAAGCGGGGUAAAUAUGUGGUGUGCUUUGACCCCCUUGAUGGCUCAUCCAAUAUAGACUGCUUGGCACCAAUAGGAACAAUAUUUGCUAUCUACAAAAAGGAAACAGACGAUGAACCCUCUGAAAAAGAUGCUUUGCAACCGGGACGCAAUAUUGUCGCUGCAGGCUAUGCCUUGUAUGGCAGCGCUACGCUGGUCGCCCUCUCCACAGGCCAAGGAGUGGACUGCUUCAUGCUCGAUCCGGGUCUCGGUGAAUUUAUUUUGGUGGACAGGGAUGUUAAAAUCAAGAAGAAAGGGAAAGUAUACAGUCUCAAUGAAGGUUAUGCGAAAUAUUUUUAUCCUGCAAUGACAGACUAUUUACAAAAGAAGAAAUUCCCCGAGGAUGGCAGUUCCCCAUACGGUGCCAGGUACGUGGGCUCGAUGGUAGCUGACGUUCACCGUACAUUGAUGUAUGGUGGGAUCUUCAUGUAUCCUGCUAAUCAGAAGAGUCCUAAAGGAAAG